CUUCACUUCAAAAGAGAAAGAAUGGGGCGACUAUGAGGCCUCGAACCCCACUUCUUUCUUGAAUGUAGAAAUUCCAGUCAACGAAUCUUCUAUACUCCUUUAAAUUUUCCUUCCCAGUUCAGUUCUCCACACCACCACCACCUAUGGCCGAGAACAAAGACCUUCAGGACUUUGAAGCAGAAGAAGCGCUUUCUCUCUGCGAUCUACCCAUUACAGAUGGAACAGAGUGGGAGGAGUUCUUCAAUGACGAUAGAAGGCCAUCACCCGAUCAGGAAUUGUUUGAAUUCUUCAGCGAUUGGAGCGCCCAGAUGUGUCCCGCUGAGGAUGUCAUCUUUUGCGGGAAGCUUAUUCCUCGUAGACAGAAAGAAUCCCUUUCUGAUUCUGAUCAAUGUCGGGAUGGAAAGAGCGUAAGAGAUGAAAUUUACGGGCGAGAAUUUUCUUGUCGGCGAUCUGGGUCUUUGCGCGAACAGGGAAUGGAGAGCUCUUACUCGAGUUUGAAAGGAAAGCUGAUGAAGAGCAGUCACCCACAGGAUUACCGGAAAUUGCAGAAGGUUCAAAGUUCGAAGACUUCCUCGGCCAAAGGGAAUGAACAACGAAGUUCUUCGGUUCGUAGAGCAUCGGUUUCGUCGCCUCCGGCGAAGCCCAGAUGGCAAUUGUUUUUGUUUGGGUUGAAGUUUCCGCGGGAGAUGAAUCUGAAAGAUAUAAAAAACCGGCAGAAUCGGAGUCGCCGGAUUCCGACAAGUAUGUUCUCUGCAUUUGACGGCGGGGAGACGAUCUCCGUUAAGAGGGAGGACGAGAAGGGCGCAUGGAGAUUUAUUCGGGCUUUGAGUUGCAGAGGCCACGCAAACGCAGCCGUAACGGCGUCGUUGAGUUGUAUACCACACGUGUGAGAUCCUUCUCUUACCCGCGUUCUCACACGUGUAUCGAAGUAACGGAUAAUGGUAUAAUAGCAUAUAAGGGCAAUUUUUGGGUCUUGAUAUUAAUAAAAAUAAUAUUUUUUAAAAAAACCUAAUCAAGUUUUCUUCGGAGAUUUCUUUCGCUGAAUUGCCCCUGAACGAAAUUUGGAAUACCUUCCAACUUUGUUGCCUCAACAGAGAGACAAAGAGGGGCGGAACAGUCAUCUACAUUAUUUAUUUGAAUGUUUGAUCUUUUGAUGUAUAAAGUUUCCCUUUACGUGGAAGGAAAGAUGGUGUCCACAGUACACAAUGGAAGGUCAUUAUGUCCCUGAUUCAUUGAGGGGUGGUGAGAUUCUGAAUAUCUGAUAUGUCAGAUUCGAACCCACCUAAAAUUCUUAUUCCUCAUCGUAUUAACAUUAAUCUCACAUCUGAAACCAAUCCGAGGGUUAAAAAGGAAUUGGCUGAGGUUAAUCGGUUGAACAAAAGACACGGAAU